AUGAAUUUAAAUAACAGAUAUGCUACGGGCUUCAUUCUGAGUCACGAAAAUAAUUUAUCUUAUGAUAGUAAUGAUGGAUACGUUGUCAGACGUGAUCUCCAUGAGCUUGGAAUAAUGGGCCAAGAUCAAGUCAUCACAAUCGGAGAUACGGGCGUUGAUUACCUUCAUCCUUUCUUUGUAGACCCUAACUUUGAUGUAUCCACACUUGUUAACAAAACCAACAAAUAUCAUAGGAAAAUAAUCCGCAUUGAAGCAUUUUCAGAUUAUUCAGAUUACGCAAACGGCCACGGGACACAUGUAGCGGGUGUUGCACUUGGCGAACCAUAUGAUUCAACAGCAUACUCAUUCCAAUACAAAGGUGUUGCCCCAAAAGCUAAACUUUACAUGUUAGAUAUGGGAUCAGCAAAUAUUAACAGAGAUUUAAGCGCAUACCUUGAUUAUCAAGUUGUUUUAUCAAACAUGAAAACAUUUAAUUCAGGAAUUUUCUCAAAUAGUUGGAGUUAUAAUGAAUAUUCACAAGAAAUUACCCAAAACUUCGAUUCAAUGGCUUAUAACAACUCAGACAUACUAUUCGUGUUCUCGGCUGGUAACGUAUAUGGCCCAAUGACCAUUCUUUCGCCUGGAGACACUAAAAACGUCUUGACAGUUGGAAUGACAUCAAAACCAUCCGUAUUUCACUUCGAAUACCCACUCUAUCGUAAAUAUUACGUAUCGGGAGGUACAGAAGACCGCGUAUUUCUCAUUGGUACUCCAAAUUACAGUUUGCCCUAUUUUCCAACAGGCGAAAAGCUGAAGACUUAUCGCGAUAUCCCCAUCACUUUUGAUGAACCUGAGGAAGGUAAGGCGUAUUUCUCAACAGAUGAUCCUUGUACGGAAUUACAAAGGGCUAUUGACGCAAAGGCUGCAAUUUUCUUAUAUACGAGUGAGUCAUGUUCAAGAGAUAAAGUACAGAAUAUUGUUUGUGCGAGAGUUGCUACUUCAGAUGCAGAUAUUAUCAGAACUUGGACAAGUCUUUCGAUUUGUUCAGAUUUACUUAUUGAAUACGAUAUUUUCUUACAUCCUUACUCAAGCCAAGGUCCAUGCUUCAAUGGAAUCUUCAAACCAGAUGUUGCCGCCCCUGGAUAUAAUAUUUUAUCUGCCAGGGCUCUUUCUACAUCAAAUGGAAUCGAUGGACUUUCCGAGAAAACAGGUACAAGCAUGGCCACACCAUUAGUUAGCGGUUCCGCAGCUUUGGUGAGGCAGUGGUUCAUGCAAGGAAAAUAUCCAUCCAUUAAAAAACCGUCAUCAUACCUCAUUAGAGCCGUCAUAAUUAAUUCAUGCAUACAGCUCUAUCCAGGUAACUUCCGAACACCAGGUUCCGGCUACGGAGUCCCAUUUGUCAGUCGUGGACUCGGAUUAGAAGAACUUUCCUCGAGAUUCUUCGACAACGUUACAUUAGAUCCCGGGGAACUCCAUACCUACAGGAUUUCUACCACGAAGAAACUGAAUCUUAGCAUAACAAUGAGUUAUCUCGACCGACCAACUGCGAAUACUUUUAUUUUAUUUGCAGAUAUCGGAAUUGUCCUUGAAACAACUGAAGGCGACUUCAUUUAUCCGAAUAACAGAACAAACUACGCCGAAGAAUGCCUCAGCACCAACGAAAGGAUUCUUCUUCAAGACGCUGACCCAGGUGUCUACAAACUCUAUGUUUAUGCUAAUAAUUACCAAGACAAAUACCAUGAAAGAUAUGCUUUGUCAAUUUUGGGCGGUUUUUCGAGUACUUCAUCAAGUGCUGUCAGAAAGAUAAGUAAUGAAGAAUCCGCUGUCAUUUGUACAUCAUCCAAAUACAAUGACAAAGGCAGAUGCGAGUGUCCUGAUGGUACAAGAGGAUUUCUUUGUCGUGAAAAAGUCGAAACAAUUCCUUACAAUAUUUCAGCGACAAAAAUCCUUCCGAACAUGCAGUACUCGUGGUUUUCUUUCACAACAGAUAACAACACUGACUACUCCGUGUACAUCAAUGACUUAACACACGGAUACUUCCACGCUUGCAUGUGUCCGACAACCGAAAUCACUUACAACUGUUAUUGUAGAAUGUCAACAAUGGAAGUGAGAUUAGGUUGGUUUUACGCAGACAGUUCAAUCAAGGCUUACUUGGCAAUAGCGCCAAUACAACAGAGCCCUUCUUUGAGUAGAAUAUUCAUCGGUAAAGACAUUGAUAACACUCCUACUCAAAGAGUUACUUUGACAGGGAAUAUGACAACAACAGAAACUUUGACAGCUGAUUCCAAUAAAUCAUUGUCUCAUGCAACAGUUGCAAUUGUUCUUAUUAUAAGUAUAUUGUGCGUUGUUAUUAUUGUUAUAACUAUUUUGAUUAUUGUUCUCAUGUUUAGGAAGAAUAAGCAAAAAGUCGAAGAUAAGGAUCAGAAAGAAAGUGAAGAAUAUGAUUACGAAGAAGAUUCUGAUGAAAAAGAUGAGAAAAAGAAAAAUUAUAAAGAUAAAGAAGAAGAUUCUUCCAGAUCAGUGUCAAUUGACGUUUCUUAUUCAUCUGAUUAA